AUGAUGGUUGAGAGCGGGUUUACACCGUUGAUUCUGGCCGCAACGGGUGGUCAUGCAAACGUUGUGGAACUGCUUCUGAACGCUGGCGCUAACAUCGAAGCACAAUCCGAGCGAACCAAGGACACAGCGUUGUCGUUGGCGUGUUCUGGAGGACGAAAAGAGGUGGUGGACUUGCUGAUCAAACGUGGUGCAAAUAAAGAACAUCGAAACGUUAGCGAUUAUACACCAUUGUCACUGGCUGCGUCCGGUGGUUAUGUGGACAUUAUUGUGAUGCUUUUGAAUGCUGGUGCGGAGAUCAACUCUCGAACUGGUUCGAAGUUGGGCAUAUCGCCACUGAUGCUGGCUGCAAUGAACGGACAUGCGCCUGCAACAAAACUGCUCUUGGAGAGAGGAUCUGACAUAAACGCGCAUAUUGAAACGAAUCGAAAUACUGCGUUGACUUUGGCGUGUUUUCAAGGAAGAACUGAGGUGGUUCGAUUGUUACUCGAAUAUAAUGCCAAUGUGGAGCAUCGAGCAAAGACUGGUCUCACACCCUUAAUGGAAGCCGCCAAUGGUGGAUAUGUGGAUGUGGGCGAGUUAUUGUUAAGAGCUGGAGCCGAUCCGAACACAUCACCGGUUCCGACGAGUCGAGAUACUGCACUGACGAUUGCCGCCGAUAAGGGUCAUCAUAAAUUUGUGGAGAUGCUCAUUCACGCGGGUGCUCAG